AUGUAUAUUCAAGUUGAAACCCAUAUAUAUCUACCUACUUAUAUUCUUGAAUAUGUUGUUGACGGAAGGGUUGAUCCUGAUAUGUUCUUGAGUAAAGCCACUCCUGCUAGAUUUUUAGAAGUUAUACUAGCUUUUUAUCCUCACUUUGAUUUCACUCAAGAUGCUCGAGAAGAUGAUGAGCUUCUGCGCAAGAUAUUUAUUGAGAUGGUAGCUCUACGUCUAUCAAAUGUAGUUAUGCCAUUAGAUGUACACACCGGUUACUUUCAAGCACCUUUCAACACUCCGGUUUUAUCUGAACCUCAACAAUCUUCAAAACGAGUGAAUUCCAGCGCUGAUAUCGAUGUCAGUCGCACAGAUAUGUUCAAUAGUAACUGUCUUGCGUACCUCAGGGUUGGGCAAUACCGUCAUGCGGCCGAAAAUAUCACUUGCUUCACCAACACUUACACGUUCCUGAAUCAAGACGAGAUUUUGGAAAUCAGUAAUGCUUGUGGCGAUGCUGAAGAUAAUCUACAUGAUACCCUUUCUCACCUUAAAGGAGCUUAUCAUGUCAUCGAUCGCAUCCAACUUUUAUCACGCCAGCCUGAUAUCACACCAACCGAGGCUUCAAACCUUGACCAUAGGCUCAAAGUCGCGAUCACUGGCUUGAGAUUGAAUCAGCAGAUGUUUGAUAGUGCUGUUCGAGAUGUUGGAUUUCUCUUAGCUUUGGUCGAACAUCACGAAAAUCGCUUUGUCAAACAUCAAUCAACUCCUGAAAAGUCGGGUCCAAAUAAAAAAACAACCGAACAGGAUUCAACUCCACCUGAAAAAAGUGUUUAA